UCCCUGGGAACCUCGAAGGCGAAACCGGCUCAGCUCCGCUUAUAUACCUACCUCUACCUUUAUAUACACAUGCCACACCACCUAACCCCCCCUUGUCACACCACCCGUUUGCUUCACUUUCAGUUUUGCUUUUUUUUCUUAGGGAAUUUUAAUUUUCUGCUUUUGGGUUUCCUAUACUGAAGCGAAAGGGAAAAUUACACUCUUCUCUCUUCACUCUGUCUCACCCUUCUUUAUCCGCCGAGCAUGUCCGAUGGCCUUCCCCGUGUAUGGCGGGCAUGAGCACCCGCCGAUCCGACCCUAUUCCGUCCCUCCUUUCCCGGUCAAGCGCCGGACCGCCGAUUUUGACGACGAAAAUUACGAUGAAGACGGUUCAAGAUAUAAGAGAUACAGAUCUGAUCAGCAGGUGAACAGGGGAAGUGCAGGAUACAAUGUUGGGAGUUGGUCGCAACAUCAUCAUUACCAUCAACAACCAGUUAAGGGCGGAAGUGAAGAGGAUACAUGGUUCAUAGCCGCUCGGGGCACGCACGAUCGGCAUUACCGGCAUCAAGUUCAUUUUCAUGCGGCGUCGUAUCACCAGCAGCAGCAGCAUAACCAUCACCACCACCACCACCACCACCACCACCAUGCUCAUCACCAGCAAACCCAACAAUUGUCUCAGUCCCCAGAACCAAGCUCGUCUGCAAUGGAGAGAACUGCAUCAGGUCACUCAAUCCGAGCUGAACCGACUCCAGCAGGUCCCGGCGGUGGCACCGAGUUAUUAGAGGAUGAUAUAGCAGCAGAGAGGGUCCGGGCUCACAUGGCCAACUUUCGACGCAAGUUUCCCGACUCAAAGCAUGAGCGCAUCCUCCGAAGCAUCAUUAACCCACGGAUCAACGCCGAAGAUGAGCUGGACAAUGAUUCUCUCGAGAGCAUAUUUUCGGCCGCAAACGAGAUCUUCUUCAAUGGCCGUCUUAGCCAGCGGGUACGGUGGGAUUGGUCAGACGAGUCAAGCACGCGGUACGACAGCAGGGUCAUUGGCACGACUGCUUUGCGAAGAGCACAUCCGACUACGAGGGGGUUCGAAACGCUCAUAGUGUUGUCGGCCCCCAUACUGAAGCACUCCAACUACAGUCGACGACUGCUUAUCUCGACCUUUCUUCAUGAGUUGAUUCACAGCUACCUGUUCAUCUGCCGCGGGUUUCGAGCUAGGGAGUGUGGUGGGCACACCAAGGGGUUUCUGACGAUUGCGAAACUGGUGGAUGACUGGGCAGGUCCGGAGAGUGCGCUCUACUUGAGCGAGGCGGAAGCGGAUUUGGAACGGUUUCGGGUUGGAGGACCGAACGACAACAACAGAUCCCACGGAUCUGAACGUUUCGAGCGGAGGGAGCACAGUUUCUACCCAUGUUCCGGGAUCAUGGAGCAACGAAGGGAUCAUGCGACGGCUAUGGAGGUUAGGAGUUACAACACUACUCCUAAUAGUGGCAGUUCUCACGUGUUUCAUGAGAACUACUACCAAACCAACACCAGGAGCGGUAGUUUCAUCAACAACAACAACAGCAGUGCCAGCUCCAGCAGCUGGUGGAUCCAGCCUGUCCGAUCCUUUUGUACUGCCGAUGAAAGGAGUCCGUUUAUACGUUUCAAUUAAUGCCCCAGGCUUAGAAAAAGGUCUGGAGGUCAUGACCAUUAUACAUACAUAUAAUCGAUUAAGAGAAGAAUCAAGAAAAGAACAAUAGCGACAAAGUGCCAGAGCAUGGAAGAUUUAAACUGUUUAGAAAAUGAACUCUAGCAGUUAUCAAGUACAUAUGAGGUACUUUUAUCCACGCAUAGCAUCGAUAGUAUCAUUAUCAUCAGCACCAACAACACAAUCGCCAUAUAUACAUCAUUCAGCGGCAUUGCGAUGGAGUCACAAAAGACGUUAGGCAGCGGGCGUCAGGGGCCAUAUCAUUUGUUUCCAAGUUUAUAUUCGUAUGGUUUACUUCAGUUUUCACGUUGGAAAUGUUGGCAGACAGGAGUAGUGCAGGGCAACACGAGAAGCUCUUUUUAGGCAGUAUCAUCAGACAGCACGGUAGACCAAAAGUCGUUCGCUUGACGGACUGGUUAAUUCACUAGGGGUUUUGGCAUUAUUCACCGUUCUACAUUAUAGGAAAAAGG